CAACCCGCUUUCACGACGAAGAAAAAAAACUUGCCUAACGAUUAGAGGUGAGCUGGACGAGUACUGCUAAACGAUUAAAUCCAUCUCAAUCCUCUUGUUUUUUUGUUUAAAAUGACUUUUCAAAAGUAGAGAACACUAACUACGUGUUUUACGCUGUCGAUUGAUACCAAAAUUAUUGGUCUCCGGCUCUCAGACAAGGAGAAAAGGGAUGGUGAAUUUUGGAUUGUACAGAAGGAACCGAUUCCGGGGAGAGAGACAUUGAGAAUUGGUGGCUUGUCAACCACUUAAGGCAGGUCGUCAGAUAAACAAAAAGUGGAAGGUUUAGUAGAUUUAAGGCAAAGGAACACAAUUACAAUCACAAUUUAGUCAGCGACAAGAUGGAACUUCGAGUGGGGAACCGAUACAGACUAGGAAGAAAAAUCGGAAGUGGAUCGUUCGGUGAUAUCUAUUUGGGCACCGAUAUUUCUGUGGGCGAAGAGGUUGCCAUUAAGUUGGAAUGUGUGAAGACCAAGCAUCCCCAACUGCACAUCGAAAGCAAGAUCUACAAAAUGAUGCAAGGAGGAGUGGGUAUUCCGACCAUAAAAUGGUGUGGGGCAGAAGGUGACUAUAACGUAAUGGUGAUGGAGCUGCUGGGGCCCAGCCUGGAGGAUCUCUUCAACUUUUGCUCCCGCAAGUUUAGCCUCAAGACGGUCCUCCUCCUUGCUGAUCAGAUGAUCAGUCGCAUCGAGUACAUUCACUCCAAGAACUUCAUCCACAGAGAUGUGAAGCCUGACAACUUUCUGAUGGGGCUCGGCAAAAAAGGCAACUUGGUCUACAUCAUCGACUUUGGCCUGGCCAAAAAAUACCGCGACGCCCGCACUCACCAGCACAUCCCGUACCGCGAGAACAAGAACUUGACUGGAACUGCAAGAUACGCCUCCAUAAACACUCAUCUGGGGAUUGAGCAGUCAAGGCGUGACGAUCUGGAGUCCUUGGGCUACGUUCUUAUGUAUUUUAAUUUGGGCUCCCUGCCUUGGCAAGGCCUCAAGGCUGCCACCAAGAGACAAAAGUAUGAACGCAUCAGUGAAAAGAAAAUGUCCACCCCAAUCGAGAUUCUAUGCAAGGGAUACCCAUCUGAAUUUGCAACCUACCUGAAUUUUUGCCGUUCCCUCCGCUUUGACGACAAGCCAGACUACUCGUACCUGCGACAGCUUUUCCGGAACCUUUUUCACAGACAGGGAUUCUCUUAUGACUAUGUGUUUGACUGGAAUAUGCUCAAGUUUGGAGCCAACCGAGCGGCAGAAGAGGCGGAGAGAGAGCGCCGCGACCGAGAGGACAGGCUGAGACAUGGCAGGAACCCGGCGACCAGAGGAGUACCCGCCGCAUCGGGAAGACCUCGCGGGGGCCAAGACGGAGCCCCGCCGCUGACACCCACUUCACAUACAGCGUCUCCACGUCAAGCAUCCGGCAUGGAGCGUGAGCGAAAAGUCAGCAUGCGACUGCACCGCGGCGCCCCCGUCAACGUCUCCUCCUCGGAUCUUACUGGACGGCAAGACAACUCGCGCAUGUCCACCUCACAGAAUAGCAUUCCCUACGAACAUCACGCCAAGUAGACGCUCGCCACAUACUUGUGUGACCGUGGCAACACUGGAUGGUGUCAAGCGCACUGCCUGCUAUCCUCCAUCCUCUCGUUCCUCGAUGAGCCAGUAUCACGCAGCCACGCAGUCUAGUCUGCGUUCACUGAGACACGAGACAGACUCUCAAAAGUACUAUUGCCACUCUGAAUUACUACUGCAUCAGCUACCACGGGGAAGCCACUUCACUUCGACCGGCUAAUUGGAAGUGCUUUCUUACUGACUGCUCUCAGUACUCUCACCUUGUUGACUUUUGUCCCCUUAGACCACACCCAAGCCGCGUCCUCUUUUGGUUUUUGUGUCUCGGUCUAAGUGUUGGACUUUAGGACUGUUUUCUGUCCACUUUUGCGGAAGACAUCUGGACAAGCUGCACUGCCCUUCCCCAAGCCGGUCACGCGUUUUUUUUUCUUUUUUCGAAGCAUGCCUAAAGACAACGAUUGUGUCCAGGGCCAUCAUGGCAACUUCUUUGUUUUUUUUUUUCCAAGUGUAAUCGACAAACUCUCUCUGAAUCCCACUACAUACUCAGUUUAUGGCCCAAUGUCUUUACCGUCUUGUCACACUCAUCAAUGAAACGUCGUUUUUUUUGGGGGGGGGGGGGUAUCCAUUUAAAGGGUGUGUAUGAUUACACACACACAUCCAGUGAAUGUACCAAACACGUUUUGGUAUUUCAGACGCAGGAGGCUUAUGUAUUCUCCCUUCAUUUUCAAUACAUAGUUUUUGUCAACUGUGCAGUGGGCCCUGUUCGCUUUCUUAGUGUCGGCCAAAACUGCACUUUAUGAAAGGUGGCGAGCGCUUCAUUUGACACUGUUGACCAUAUUUCUCUUCACUGUGUCCAGAUACAUUUUUUGCGUCGUCUCCUUUGUAUUGUUUUUGAAGCUGUGAAAUGUAGAUGUGUAAAUAUAUCUUUUUUUUGUCUUUUGAUUUCCUUCCUUCUUGGUUGGGGAUCCGAGCAUUAUUUCGAAAGCUUUGCUUUAGGAGGCCUGCUCUGCGGCAAGGUUAGGCAGCCGUAAUUAUGUGUAGCAUCUGCUCGUCGGUGUGCGUCCUGUCACCCGACCCCCGCACCCGUCCGCCCCUUUUUGUCACAGAGCAGUGCUGGUCGCGGGCACUGUACUGAAUGUGGCCAACUCUUUUUGUUUGUUUCUUCAUACACUUGGUUGUCAGGGGUACUGACUGAGUUUUUUGGUGUGUUUGUGUGGGUGUGUUUGUUAUUUUUUUCCUCUAUCCCACCCCCUUCAAUUCGAAUUUAAUUGUGUCUUGGACGUCUGGCUGCGAGUAGCCAUUUCUGUUGAAAUAAUGCCCAGUAGUUUUUGAUUUUGAAACUUCUUUAGUCAGCGAGUUGAAGAAAAAUUAGUCAAUGGGCCAGCAACUUUUGUUCUCACAUUUAUAUUUGCCACUGUAUUUGUGUACCUAAAUUGUAAAUAAAUUACCUCCUUGUA